AAGGAACCAGUCGAAUUUACUUCUAUUGCAUUGAAAACUGAAAAAGGUUUUAAUUAAAUAUUUGAGAUCACAGUUCUUUGAAAAGGUUUUAUUAUUAACGCUGACCUUUGGCUGGUGGAGCUUUAACAGGACGAAAAAUAAAAUCAGUCUAGAGAGAAGUUAGAAGAAAGUUUAGCACUUCGUUUCUUUUUUUGGGUAAAACAUGAAAAUGGUGUUGUCUCAGCGGCAGCGCGAGGAGCUUAACCAAGCGAUCGCCGAUUAUUUAGACAGCAAUGGAUAUAGUGAAGCACUCGACAUUUUCCGGAAAGAAGCCGAAGUCCCAACUGAAAUUGAACGAAAAUAUCGAGGUUUGUUAGAGAAAAAGUGGACUUCAGUCAUAAGAUUACAGAAGAAAGUCAUGGAGCUGGAAUCAAAGCUUAGUGAGACUGAAAAAGAACUGAUUGAAGGUGCACCUACAAAAGCAAAACGAACACCAACAGAAUGGAUUCCACGUCAUCCUGAAAAAUUCAAACUUUCAGGACAUCGUGCAACAGUUAAUCGGGUGAUUUUUCAUCCAAUCUUCAGCAUGAUGGUUUCAGCGUCUGAAGAUGCUACGAUUAAAGUUUGGGACUUUGAAACCGGUGAAUAUGAAAGGACGCUCAAAGGACAUACUGAUUCUGUUCAAGACAUUGCAUUUGAUGGACAAGGAAAAUUACUAGCUUCGUGCAGCUCCGAUCUCUCAAUAAAGUUAUGGGAUUUCACGCAAACAUUUGAAUGCAUCAAAACAAUGCAUGGACAUGACCAUAACGUGUCAUCUGUCGCGUUUGUACCAGCUGGAGAUUUUCUGUUAUCGGGUUCAAGAGAUAAAACGAUCAAAAUGUGGGAAGUGUCAACAGGAUAUUGUGUGAAAACCUACACGGGACAUCGAGAAUGGGUUCGAAUGAUCCGAGUAAACGUCGACGGUUCAUUGAUGGCUUCGUGUAGUAACGAUCAUUCGGUGCGUAUUUGGUGCAUCAGUUCCAAAGAAUCGAAGAAUGAAUUGCGUGAACAUGACCACACUGUUGAGUGUAUUGCAUGGGCACCAGAGACAGCUUCGGCUGCGAUUAAUGAAGCAGCUGGAGCAGAUAAUAAAAAGGGAACGCAUCAAGGACCUUUUUUAGCCUCUGGCUCACGUGAUAAGACUAUUAAAGUAUGGGACGUAACAUCUGGACAGUGCUUGUUUACACUUUACGGACAUGAUAAUUGGGUGCGUGGCAUAGCUUUUCAUCCCGGUGGUAAAUAUAUGUUGACGGCCAGUGAUGACAAAUCAAUCCGCAUUUGGGAUAUUCGUAAUAAGAGAUGUAUGAAGACAUUAAACGCUCACUCUCACUUCUGUACUUCUUUAGAUAUGCAUAAAUCGCAUCCUUACGUUAUUUCCGGUAGUGUAGAUCAGACGAUCAAAAUAUGGGAAUGUCGUUAAAUGAAUGAUGGAAUGUCUGCUAAAAGUUGUCGGGUACAGUAGUGAUCAUUGAACAUUACUUAGUUAUGAAAAGAUAACAUGAAUUUUUAUUUUAUUAAGUCUUCUAUCUAAAUACAUAAAAAUACUUCAAAUCGUCCUUAAGAAGAAUCAAACGAAAUGAGAGAUUUUAUAUUUUCAAACAACCAUAUUUCAUUUAUUUUCCUUAUUUUCUGAUAGAUAUAUUUCUAUAUUUUUCUCUUCCAAAAAUGAACUAAACAUGAACUUGUUACAUUACAUUUUUUCAUUUGCUUUGAGACAAACAUUUUUCCUAAGGAUUCCGCUAAAAGAAAGAAAGAAAGUUCUUGUUCUUUUAUUGACGUAUGUAUUGUAAAUAUUAAAACAUUAAAACAAGAUCUGAAUAGAAAAAUGUUUUCUCUUUGUGAGUAAAAAAAACCGCAGAUUUUUUUUAAUUGCGAGAGCAACUUGCUUGCCAUCGAUUUGUUUCAUGAAAAUCGCUUUGCUCAAAACAGUAAAAAUUUGCAUUAUUUAUAAAAUAUAUUAAGUGAAAAGUGAGGUAGUAUAACUCUUGCAGAUAAAAAGCGAGAACGAGAAGAACAUUUUGCAAUUUGCUUAGAUAUUUAUCUGCUUAAACUUUAAGCCCGGAAGGGAAUUAAAUAUCUCAUAGAAUCAUUACAAAAUAUCCACAAAAUUUAAAUUUCUUCGUUUUUUUAAAGACAAAAUUCGCGAAAAAUCUUCUUUGACUGCAAUUCUGAAAUAAAAAAUUCUCAUCACUUUCUGGUUUUUAUUCAUUUUGAUCAAAACAAUUUUGAAGUUUACGUAUUCGAGUGCAAUGUAUAGUCAAAUAAAGAUCAUUAUUUCAAAAAUCUUUUAAAUUGAUAUUAAAGAAAGAAACCUAAAAAUCACUUGAAUAAAAUUUUGAAUAAUUAUUGCUUUUGAAUAAAAAUAUGAAGAAGGCACUUCUAUUCUAUUUGAUACUUUAAAAGCUUUUGAAAUAAGAAAAAGUAUAAUUAAAUGAUUUAAAAAUGUUCAAUUGUAGAACUUCUUAAGUGAGAAUAUUUUAAUGAAAAACAUGAUAAAAUAAUAUUUGGAACUGCUUUUCACGUGCAUAUAUAAUUAAUUGUCAUUUGAAAGCGUGACGGAUUCUUUUGUCUGUUGCAUGACUAUAAUCAUUGCUUAAAAGGACACAACAUAAUAUAAUUAAAAGAAAGGCUUUUUGUGUCCAUAAUGAUUAUUGAUAUCCAUUUCAACACCGUAUUGGCAUCUUUAAAAUUUUACAAAACCAAGGAUAUUUUUAGCAAAACAAACAAUUAUCUAACACACACAUACACACUCCUUGUAAAAAUUAAUAAUUCAAUGAACAAAAAAUAAAUAAAAAUAAAAUGCAACGCUGAAAAAACAAUCAAAAGUUUUCCAUCAUUCAUUUAUGUUUUGCAGCAUAUAUUUAGCUACAUCAUUUUUGGUUUUAUAAAAAUGUUAACUUUUUAAUAAGUUCUACCACUUUGAUGCCGAGUUACGACUCUACCAUCAGGACCUUGAAUACUUGAAGAUGAAUGGAAAACUCCAUUGCCACUAGUAAAUGAUGUUGUGCCUCCCCCAGAUUGGAAUGGACCACCCAUCAUGUCAUCACCUCCGAAUCUAGAAUCAAGCGAGUUUCCUUCUGUUUUCUUGAGUUCUGACUUUUCCGUCAGGUCCAAUAAUUGUUGACGUG